GAGCGCAUGGACCCUGCUCUCCACGAGGAGGUCUCCCAGGGCCCAGGGGGAAGCCCCAGCCCGGCCCUUCGGCGUCUCCCUCUAAAGCCGGGGCCUCCCCUGCUGAGCUCAUCUCAGCCUGGGCAGGCGACAGGGCUGGGUGUAGAAUGGCCUGUGGGGCCCAAGCCCAGCUCUGCCGUGACCACUCUCGUCUCCUGGUGCAGGGCAUGGGGAGCUGACCUACGGAGACCUCGAGGAUGAAAGUCAUUACCUGUAUUUGGAGGAAGACGGUGAGUGACGCCCCCCUGCACCCAUCACGCCCAGGCCCCUUUAUCGAGGAGGGCAGGUCGGCCCACUGCAGGGACACCUACCUGGAGUGGAUCUCCCUGUACUGUUGGACCACCUUCCACGCCACAAUCAUGGCCACGCCAGAGUGGAGCCGGUGUCAGUGGGAGCAGAUCAGCAGGACCUACAGCGACCUCUCCAACUGCACGGUGCUGAUGGCGGAGGCUCUGUCCUGCCCCUGGCCCAGCCCUGCUCUUGACUCCUUCUUCCUGCAGAUCCACAUGGAGUAUUUCACCAACUGCACCAUGCCUGCCAACUCCCAGCCCAGCCAGCCACCUCUGGGGCCCAUCCUAGCCAUGGCCGCCAUGCCUGCCUGCCUGACCCCUCUCCUGGUUGCUCUGACGCUCCGCAAGGCCAGGGAGGCUGAGCCAAAGCCAGAUCGGCCCCUCCCUGCGGCACCAUCUGUGCUCAACAGACAAAGGGCUUCUUCUCACUCAGUCCUGGGCACCAACUGGAAAGGAAGAGAGAGUGUCUAGUGGUUGG